GCUGUGCGGGGACAGAGGGGUGUGAGCGCUGCUGCACGGAGGCAACAAGGGAGGGAGGAGAAGAGAAAGGGGGAGUGAGUGUUUCUCCUGCAGCCUCCGUACCCAGCUGUGGUGUUACCCGGACUCCUGCCCGCGGGCUCUGACUUUGGCCUCGAAACUUCCCUCAAAGCGCGCGCUGACCAACCGACACUCCGCCCGCAGCACGUCCGCGAGACAGCCGCGCGCCCUGUGAGACAUACGAUGGUAAACACUGUUUUUGUAACUGAGAAGUAGUAAGAUGCCCAAAACACUGUCUGCAAAGGCAAUCCCAAGUGAGAAUUCUGACAGUGAUUGCAACACCAUGGUCGAGAAACCAACAGGACGAAAGAAUAAGGAGAAGAUCACCUCCUACAGCAGAACUCCUAAACUGGAUAGGAGUGAAAUGGGUAAAGAUAUGAAAGAAAAGUCUUCACUGAAACGCAAGCUUCCCUUCACCCUCAGCCCAUCUAGAAAUGAAGAGAGAGACUCUGACACAGAGAAAGAAGGACAAGAAAAAAAGAAAAUUAAGAAAGAAGCCGGAAGUAAGAAGUCUACACCAGUCAACAUCCUGUUUGGUUACCCGUUAUCAGAGCGUAAGCAAAUGGCUCUUCUCAUGCAAAUGACCGCCAGAGACAAUAGUCCAGAUUCCACUCCCAAUCAUCCCUCUCAAACUACACCAACGCAGAAAAAAAACCCUACAUCCUCUACCCGUCAGAAAGACAAAGUUAAUAAAAGGAAUGAGCGUGGGGAAACGCCACUGCACAUGGCUGCCAUACGAGGGGACAGAAGUCAAGUGAAAGAACUCAUUCGUCUUGGUGCAAAUGUUAAUGUCAAAGAUUUUGCAGGUUGGACACCUUUACAUGAAGCAUGCAAUAUGGGCUUUUAUGAUGUUGCAAAGGUUUUAAUAGCAGCUGGAGCUGAUGUAAAUACACAAGGCCUAGAUGAUGAUACCCCUCUCCACGAUGCUGCCAGUAGUGGGCAUAGAGAUAUUGUGAAGCUGCUUCUUCGACAUGGUGGAAACGCAUUUCAGGCAAACAAACAUGGUGCACGGCCUGUGGAUGUGGCUGAGACAGAAGAAUUGGAGCUGCUGCUGAAACGAGAAGUGCCAAUCUCGGAUGAUGAAGAAAGCUAUGCAGAUUCUGAAGAGCCACAGUUUACAAAUUUUUCCAGUGUGGAUGAAAACUUGGAUUCAGAAGGAGACAAAGAAUCUCUCAUCAGUGAAAGUAAACAUAUUACAAUCAAAGGGACUCCUUGCACUUCUGGACUUGAUGAGUAUGAAUUUAAAGAUGAUGAGGAGGAUGAGGAUGACCCUGAAAUAAACAAGUUGCUAGAGGACAAGCGUGCACUUAGAAACGAUCUAAAGAAGGAAAAUACUGAUACAAAUGAUGCAUUCUUUGUAAAGCAUGAUAAAGUUGAUUUUCCAAAAGUAUAUAAAAACAGAAAACCAAAACCUUCUAGACUGUUAUUCACAAGUUCAGACAGUUCGGAUGAUGAUUUGGUUCCAGAUAAAGUCAGCCUUAUAUCUGAAAGUCUAAGUUGUGACAUCAGAGUUAAAAAGGACUACAGUGCAUUAAAUGACCAGAAGGACAAGGGCAAGGUCAAAAGAAAAUUAAAAAAUCAAAGCAAGAACAAAGAAAAUCAGGAAUUGAAACAAGAAAAAGAUAAAAAAGAAAAUGUAAAAGUAAAUUUAGUAGUGUGCCCCAGUUUAGACUCAUUGGAUAAAUCAAGAGAAGAGGACCUCUUUAGGAAAUGUACAAAGGAUGAGGCAUCAUUGCACUUAUUUCAGAUUACUCCUGGUAAAUCACCUAAACACGCUUAUACAUUUGACAAGCAAACUCCUCUAAAGCAGGAAAACACUAAAAUGUGUGUCUCCCCUCCUGGAGGAGCAGAGUCAUCAUUACAGACUGAGUUAUUCCGAUAUGAUAAGAGUCCUGAGACUGAAUAUCCACUGGAAAGUUCAAGCUCUACAUUUUCCAAAUUCAAAGAAAAAAGUAAGCAUCUGAAAGAGGUAUUCAUGGACUAUGGGGAAAAGCUUAUUACCAAAUGUAAAGAGGACAAGAGCCCACCAUUUGAGAUUUCAGAAGGUGUCUCAAAAAAAGCAGACAAGGAGGGUAAAAUAGUAAAAAAGCACAAGAUUAGGCACAAAGAAAAGGAAAAAGAUAUGGUGGAACGGGAAAGAGGUAAACACAGAGAAAACAAUAAAAGCUUGCAAAGAAAUGUAGAGUUUGAUAGAGAGUUCUGGAAAGAGAACUUUUUCAAAAGUGAUGAAAAUGAUGAGGAAUUUUUGAGUUUAGAUACAAAAAGCACAUCCACAGAAAAAAAAUCUAAACUAGAAAAAACCCCAACAAAAGAAGAUAAAGCAAGGGAAAACCAUGCCCAUUUGGAAAGCCCUAAAUAUGAUCAAGAAGAGAUCUCUAAAAUAGAGGCUAAAGGAAGAGAAUGUAAUGAUGUAGACUAUCAGAUUUCAGAAAAAGAUGUGGAUGUUUUCCCUUCAAUCUCAUGUGUGAAAGAAGAGGCACUAACUAUAGAAAGGGAAAUAGAUACAGAAAAAACAUUAAAAGAUUGUAAAGAAAAAAAUGAUAAGAGAUCUGCGCUCAAAGAAAGGGACAUAGAGAAGCCAGAAAAAAAAAGCACAGAGAAAGAAAAAAGAGUGAAACCUGAGCACAGGUCAGAAAGAGAGAAAACUGAAAAUCAGGAGAGCCCUGACAAACUAAAAACACAUGCUCCACCAGUAGAAAAGUUACAAAAAGAAAAUGAUAGGGCACGAAAUUCAUCUGUCUGUAAAAAGGGUGAUGACAAAGAAAAAACGAAAGAAAAGAUUGACAAAAAAACUGACAAAAAUGAGAAGGAUAAGCAUUCAGCAGAGUACAAACUUUUGUCAGAUAAAAAGAUAAAACUAACAGAAAAAGAUAUGGAACUUAGUAAAUCAGAUAAAGGGAAACGUAAAGAAAGAGAAUACAGGAAAAGGGAAAAGUCCAAAGAAUCAGAUUAUUUUGUUGCUACAAAUUUAAAGCAUGGUCAAGAAGAACGAAAACAGAGCAUAUCUGAAAGCAACAAAAUACAACAUGAACGUCUUUCAAUUAUUAAAGAGAAGUCAAAGGAGGAGUUAAAAAAUGCAGAGUACAAAGAAAAAGAUCGUAAAGACAAAGAAAAAGAUAUUGAUAGAUACAAAGAGCGUGACAAACACAAAGAUAAAACUCAAACAAAUAUAUUAAAACUUAAACCUAAAGACACAGAAUCUGAAAAAUGUAAGCCUAAAUCACAGUUAUCAAAAGAUACUCGUCCAAAAGAAAAAAGAUUAGUUAAUGAUGAUCUCAUGCAAACUAGUUUUGAACGAAUGCUAAGUCUUAAAGAUUUAGAAAUUGAGCAGUGGCAUAAAAAACAUAAAGAAAAAAUUAAACAAAAGGAAAAAGAGAGACAAAGAAAUCGAAACAGUGUUGAUUUAAGUAAAGUCAAGGAAAAAGAGCCGAGAAGGCAUUCACUCACUCCUUCCAAAAACAAGGAGUUGGUAAGGUCAAAGAGUUCAGAACUGUCCGAUGUUUAUACAAAAGAAAAAUUACUAAAGGAUGCUACAAGUUGCCGAUCUCAGUCUGUUGAUGCAAAAAACGUGACGCUUUCUGGAAAGACACUUCUUGUUUUAGAAAAUAACAUUGUUAGAUCUCCUAGAUCAGAUGGUGAAAAAACAGGUUUAAGCUCUCGAUCUAUAUCUUUGAUAUCUGUUGCCAGCUCAGAGGACUCUUGUCAUGCAACCGUGACAACGCCAAGGCCUAUAAUUGAAUAUGAUUCCGACUUUACUUUGGAGGGUUCAGACUCUCAGAUGUCUUUUUCACAGUUCCCCUUUUUACCUAGUGCUAAGUCACCAGCUGUUCAUGAUAGGGAGUUAGACAGUCUUCCAGAGUUACCUGAACGGAUUAAGGCACCAGUAGGAGGUAGGCUUCUUCCAAAUUACUUAAGGUCAGCCUCUGUAGAAGAUGUAAAGUUGGCUAUGGGCGAAUGUAGGCCAGUUGUAGAAGUACGUCGGUGCAGCAUGCCGGCUGCUUUUGUUGAUCAAAUGAAGCCUACGCAGACUGUUUUGGAAAACAGUUUACAGGACAUACCAACAAAUUUACAAACUCCACCAAAUAGUUGUAUAUCCCCCAAACCAGAAGUAUUGGUUCCUCAAGAGAGGGAUUCUCAAAGUAGUAUUUCCAGUUUCCAUUCCAGUAGUAAAAAGUUAACUUUUAGUAAACCUUAUUUGGACCCAAAUAUUGUGAUACAGGUCACACCAACUUCAGAAGAAAAUCCUGUUCAAAAUGGGACAGAUCACCUUACACAGCUAGUAGUGCAGUCUGUUUCUGAAUGUGAGCCUUCUAAAACGUCUUGUUCUGAGCAAGAAUCUCCUGUUCUCCCCGAUACUAAUAAAGCAUCUCCAAAUUUGCUAACUUCAAGGCAUGAAAACUCAAAAUUAAGAACAAAUGAAUUUUCUGCUUUGCUUCCCCAGGCAGAAAGUUCCUCUAAAGAUUCUACAGUGUCAGAAACCCAAUGCUCUUUACAGACAGUGCCCUCUGUUCUUAAAGAUAUUGCCCCAAUUGUGAAGGAAGAGCAAACCAUGAGUGCCAAUUCUAAACUAGUUAGAGUAGAUGAACUGGAAGAGAGUGAGCCUACUCUUGGUAAUAUGGAAAAUACUCCUGUGUCCUCUAUAGCACAUACUGACAACUCUCCGACUGUUGAAAGGAUAAAAAUUGUACUUCCUGAGUGCACUGUGGAAAAAAUACAGAGUACAGGAGAGACCAUUAUUGAGGGGAACGCAGACCUAAAGGAAUUUCCCAUAAGUAGUCCUCAAAUAAAGGAGAAGGAAAUGCCUAAAUAUAAUAUGAAUGCCUGUCAGACUAACUUAAGAGAAGACCAACCUAUUCCAGAAAAUAUAUCUGCACCCUGUGUAAAUAGCAAAUGUGACAUUGAUCUUGCAAAAGCAAAUCAACAGACAGACAUAAAUAAAGAAAGCGUAAAUCAGCAAGUAACCCCAACAUCCUGUUCUACAUAUUCAAAGGAAUCCUCCCCACGAAAAGCUACUCAACCACACUAUACUUUAUCUGUUUUAGAAAGUCAUCUUCCUCCAUUAGUUCAAGAAGAGAUUCAAAAGUUUAGUCAAUCUAUUAAGGUAGAAGUAGAAGAAACCACUGAGGACAAACCAGAACAGCAAGAAAUUCCUCAAAGAAUUACAAGAAACCGAGCAAAUAUGUUGGCCAAUCAGAGUAAACAAAUUCAAAAUACUUUUCCGCAGACUUCAGAAAAAGAAACUGUGGAAACAAUAUCUCUCAGAGGGAGGAUAAGGCUAACUGAGGAAGAUGAUGUUCAAGUACAUCCUCCCCGUAAAAGAAAGAUGGCACGUGUGCCUCAGCCAGGGCUUCUCAAUUCAUCAAUACAGCAAGCGAAGGAAAAGACUCAGCAGUCACUUGCAGCUGUUGUAGAUUCUUUGAAAUUGGAUGACAUACAGCCAUAUCAGUCAGAAAGGGCAAAUCCUUACUUUGAGUAUCUGCACAUAAGGCGGAAGGUAGAAGAAAGACGUAAAAUGCUUUGCAGUGUUAUCCCUCAAGCCCCACAGUACUAUGAUGAAUAUGUGACCUUCAAUGGGACCUACCUUUUAGAUGGGAAUCCUUUCAGCAAGCUCUGCAUUCCAACUAUUACCCCACCCCCUUCCCUCUCUGAGCCACUAAAAGAGCUUUUUAGACAGCAAGAGGUUGUGCGGAUGAAGCUCCGUUUACAGCACAGCAUUGAAAGGGAGAAGCUUAUUGUGUCUAAUGAACAGGAAGUUCUGAGGGUCCAUUAUAGAGCAGCGAGAACCCUAGCUAAUCAAUCCCUUCCUUUCAGUGCCUGCACUGUACUGCUUGAUGCAGAGGUGUACAAUGUUCCUCAAGAGUCACAGACUGAAGAUGGAAAAGCUUCUGUAAGAGACCGAUUUAAUGCAAGACAGUUCAUGUCUUGGUUGCAUGACGUGGAUGAUAAAUUUGAUAAACUAAAAACAUGUCUGUUAAUGAGGCAACAACAUGAAGCCGCAGCACUUAAUGCAGUUCAGAGACUAGAAUGGCAACUCAAACUCCAGGAACUAGAUCCUGCCACGUAUAAAUCUGUUAGCAUCUAUGAAAUCCAAGAGUUCUAUGUCCCACUGGUGGAGGUCAACGAUGACUUUGAAUUGACUCCUAUAUGACACUAUCAUAUUCUGCAGCUGUUUCCAAAGACUGUUCUUCAAUAAGCUAAGCUGCAGAAUUUGGACAACUUAGGGUUCCUGGCAGGGCUUGCCUAUGUGACAAAAAUAUGCACUGUUUUAGUAAAUGGGAGAGGGAAAUUAAAAAAAAAAAAAAAGACUAAAACUCAAGCGCACACAGCAUUCAGGUCUUUUAAAACACAAUGAACAUGUGCAGAAUUUAAUUCUUAGUGCAGAAACUGAAACUAUACAUUUUUUUUCUUUUUCUAGAACUUGGCUUUACUGUCAAAUGCCUUUGGAUUAUAGGUCAGAUGGUGGUAAAAGACUUAAUAUUAGAUGUCCGUAAACUAUUGGCAGCGCAGGAAGCUGCAUAAGGAACAUAGUUCCUUAAAAAUAAAAAUAUUGAUUUCAUGAUAAUAGACAAUAUCCCUUAUUAUGUUUGCUGCCUGCAGUGUUUUGCACGCCAGUGAAUUACAAUUAUUUUAAGGAGAUUUAAUGGCUUACUCCAUUCUGUGCCAUAGGGAUCUAGAUAAAAGGUGCAAUGCAGAAAAUUACCCUUGGAACAUUUGCAUGGGUAAUUGUUUCAAUUUAAGGUAAAGUGGAAAACCCACAAAACUAUACACAUUUACAAACAAAAUGCUCUGAACUGAUUGCAUUUUUAGAAGAUUAUGGGUGUAAUUUGAGCAGAUGUAAAAUUGUCUUAUUUUAAAUAACUUAUUUUAUAUAUAAAUAUAUAUGAUGUGCAUUUGUACAUAGAAUUGUAAUUAAUGAUCAAAACUGUACAAAGCUAGAUAUUUUAUGUGUAAACUGUUAUGUCCUAUGUUUAUUGGACCAAAAGUUGUCGUCUUCUUGUUUUUUUGUUUUUUUUCUUGUAAUGUGUUGUACUUGUCAAUGUUUCAGUAUGGCAUGUUCAUGAACUGUAAAGGUUUAUGGAUACAAGGUAUUGCAUGCUUCACUCAGUUCAACUCUUCUACUACAACAAAUGCAUUACUAUUUAACACUUUCAGAAAACAAAAUUCUAGGCAGUCUGCUGCUGAUAACCUUUAUCUUGCGCAGACUUUUGUGUUUUUAAUUUUUUUUUGUUUAAAUAUAAAAAACAGAAAAAAACUUGUUAGACAUUGGACUCAUAUGAGUCUAUUUUUAAAAGUAAGACGCCUUUGAAUGAAAAUUCUAAAAUUGUAAAUGAUCUAUUUUAAUAUUUACAUGAAAUUUGUACAUACCUCUGUAUA